AAUGAAUUUACAUAAGUUUCACACAAGACAUUAAUCGCAGCCAACUUUAUGGAGUCUGCAUCAGCCCCAACCUAAACCUGCCACUAGAGCCAAAAUAAAUCAUAAGAGAAUAGUAUUGCCUGUUAUCUCUCAAAAUCCUGCAGUGGGCUAUUAUUCUCCCAAUUUGCAAAGCAUUUACUCGAAUCCCAAAAUUGCUCGAAUGCGUAGUGUUACUAAAAUACCAACAACCAAUGAGUAUUCGCUAGAGAAAAUAAAACCCUAAUAAAGCAACAAGAAGUCUUCUUAGAAGCUCACCAUUUUGGAAAUGAUGCUGAAAGAAGUGGAUGAGGAAGUCGAUCAGGAUUUGAGGGAGAAUCCUGUAAUAAUUUAGAUUAUAUAAAAUCUAGAAAUGUGCCAAGACUCCUUUGUAAUUACAACCAUUGAAUGAUAAUUUCAUAGAACAACUCAAAUAUUUGAAGUUGAAUUUGCAACGACUGCUGAGGAAGAAAAUAUGA